CCGUUCUGCUCACCGAUCGUACCACAUAUACCGAUUCGACAACGACUAGCCACUAGGCGAUGCACAAGCGUGGACGUUGGUGAUGAACCACCAAUGGGCAUUCCGUACGCCACGUCGAUCUACGGCGGUCAGCGAAGACGACGUAUGAGCCUGCUGCAGACAUUGCGACAAACAAAAUCGUCAACUAAACGACAGUGGCCUGGAGAUUCACCGUCCACGGACCGACAAUACAAGUUCGCCGCCGAACAGAUCAUCACCGCCUCCUCCAUCGCCUUCGAAGAAGGGAUUCGCCGGUUAUUCGGAAAGCGUGCAAAACGUGGAACCAUGGAGAGGACAUCGUUCAACCAAUGCGAUGAGCACUCUCAGUCAUGCGAUGUCAUCGGUUUUCGAUCUCGGAAAUCGCCGUCGACGACGAACGAUAGCGGUCGCGGCAGUCAAUCUCACCUCGAUCAUGAUCGAAUAAUUGGCGAGACGGUGGCUAUCAUUGAACGGCCCAAUGAUGAAAGCGAAGAGACUGUACGACCGUACAGACGAAUUCGAACCAGUUCUUGCCCGGAUCUGUCCUCAUUGCGUAUCAGCCCAACAUCUCGAGCGCCAAUCGUGGACUCCGAGUCCGAAGAGGAUCCUGUUGAGCGCAACUCAAGCCCCAUAACUGCCGCUGAUUGUCUCAUCGAACGCCGUCUGCUUCGCCGAGCGAUGGAAGUGGCGACAUCUGGACGUAGUGAUUCCCAUCAUCAACGACCUCAACGUGCCCAGCUAGCAAUGUGA